AAUAAAAAUAAAUUAAGUAAAUUGAAUGAUAAACUAAAUAAGAUUUCAUGCUGUUGAUAUUAUUCAAAAUAAUUAUGUCAUGAAAUUGAACAUAGAAAUCUGGCUUAAUUCCGACUUUACGUCAGAACAUUAUGUAUUUUUAUUUUGGCUGAAGACGUUAUUUUCAUGUAGGACAUGUUGACAAGAUAAAAUAAAAUUACAAUGUUUAUCUGUACAUAUUUAUUAAUGAAACAUCUAAGGGAGAAUAACAUUUGCAAUAAACAAUAUAACUUAUUAAGAAAUAUUCUAUUAACAACGCAAUAAUAUAUGUGCAAAAUGAGUUUGGACGAUGACUGUGGUGUCGGCAGCAAUAGUGACAGUGACAGACCCAAAACGCCACUGGAAGAAGAUUGCUGCGGCAGUGGCUGCACACCGUGUGUUUUUGACGUUCAUAAAACAUUGUUAAGAGAAUGGGAAAACAGAAAACUGCGAAAAGUAAAGAUUAAACCAAACAGCAAUUUAUUAUCUCUUCUCUCUUACAAAACGUUUAUUGUAACAGAUAUAUCUGAGAUUUCAGAAGAAUAUUUCUUAGUUCACUUAGACUAUCCAGAAAGCAGAAUAGAAAACAAUGUCAGUUUGCACCUCACGCCUGGACAGUACGUUAUGCUACAUUCCUGGUGCAAAUCCCGGCCGUACACGCCGAUUACUUGGACGCACAAGAGUCUAGUUUUCUUGGUAAAAGUAUACAAACGGGGUGAAUUUAGUGUACGCCUGACUAACGCAUCAAUCGGCAGUACAAUUGAUGUUAGAGGCCCGUAUGGAGAUUUCAAGUACAAAAAUAAUAGUUUUCAACAGGUCGUCAUGUUCGGAAUUGGUUCAGGGAUAGCGGCGCUUUAUCCCGUUGCAAAGGCGAUCGUUGACGAUGAAACGGAGUCGACGAGGGUGCAUCUCGUUGCAGGGUUUCAAUCACUGGCUCAAGUACCACUAAAAACAGAAUUGAGACAACUGGUGAAUUACUGGAACUUUAAGUGCACGUUGCAGCUAUCUCAGUUAAACGAUAAAAACACAGCCAGUCUUCACGGUUUUAACACAAGAGCUGGUCGUCUGAGCAAAUUGCACGUUAUUGAUUACCUACAAUCCAACGACACGGAGACAACGUUAAUUUUAAUAUGUGGGACUCCGGAGUUCAAUCAGUCCACGAGAGAAUGGAUCGAGGAAAUGAAUUAUGCACACAUACAUAUAUUUGACUAAAAUAUAAAAAUAUAUAAUAAAAUAUGAAAAUAAU